AACCGACCGGAAGUUGGUCGUGCUGCUGAGGCCUGACAAGAGUCGCCGGACCGGAAGUUGCUGAGGCCUGACGGGAGAUGUAGUCCAUCUGCGCCUGAAAUUCCCCGAGCCCAUUAGGAGCACUGCAGGGCUGCAACAGGGGAUUCUGAAACAUAACUCCCGUUAUGUCGCUCCCGUCUCCGGAUCCAGUGUAUGUUCUGCGGGGAGCAGAUGAUGCAGUCAAUACCCUGUGCUUUUCUUGUUCAGAUCCAGAACUCGAAUGUCCCCUUCUUUUCUCUGGCUCUUCCAAUGGAUUGAUCCAUCUCUGGAAUCUAAAGACACGCCGAGUGCACAGAACACUGGAAGGACACAGCGGAAAAUCAGUGUACUGCGUGAAAACCUUACCCAACAGAAGAAGUGCACUUCUGAGCCAGGGCCGUGACCAAAACAUCUGCUUGUGGGACUUCGCUGAAGGAAGAGACGCUGUCGUGGACUCCGUUUUCACCGAGAACGUUGGGUUCUGCAAAUGCUCUCUCCUGGACGGGACGGAGGGAAGAUGGCUACUGGCCACGUCGUGGAAAGAUCUAGAAGAGGUCCGGGUUCUGGAGCUCCCAUCCAAGACGGCAGUCUGUACCUUGAAACCCGAGGCCGGUACCAAGCUAGGCAUGCCCAUGUGCCUGAAGAUGUGGCAGCCCAGCACUGGUUCCUCGCCUUUCCUCCUGGCCGGCUACGAGGAUGGAUCAGUGGUUCUGUGGAAUGUGUCGAUGGGGAAAAUGCUGAGUCGGCUGGCAUGUCAUCAGGAGCCCAUCAUGGGCCUUGACUUUGACUCGGAGAAAGCCAAAGGGGCCUCUGGCUCCUCGGAGAAGAUGCUUUGCGUCUGGAGGCAGAGCCAGCAGCAGAACCUGGAGCUCCAGCAAACAUACCAGCUCACAAAUCCAGGAAUCGCUGAGGUGGUUCUCCGCCAGGACAAGAAGAUUUUGGCAACAGCCGGAUGGGACCAUCAGAUCCGGCUGUUUGGCUGGAAGAAGCUGGCACCUCUAGCCGUCCUGGACUACCACACAGCAGCAGUGCAUUGCGUGGCCUUCUCGGACCACAGCCGGCCUAGUGAGAGACUCUUGGCAGCUGGCUCCAAAGAUCACCGAAUCAGUGUCUGGUCCGUAUAUAAUCAAACCUGAACAUGACUGGAAAAGCCUGGGGACUUUGGGGGACAGUUUUUUAAGACAAGGUGUGGGGCAGCCUUCCAAGUUCUCCUGAUGCAGCUCACUAGUCUCCCCCAGGAGUAGGUGGUGGCACUUGUUGCUCUUGCUUGGCAGCCCAAAUGGGGACCUGGCAUAGUGCCACCUCUUAAUAGAAACACUGUCACAUUCAUACAUACAUUUCCAUAGGAGUUCUGCCCCAAAGGAAACAGCAGGACUAAAAACAAUUGUGAUGCUUCUUUGGGUUGAACUUGGGGAAGGGGUCUUUUAUCUAUUCCUCUCCGAAGGAGCAAGGGGCUGCUAAUAUGUACAGGGGAGAAGCCAGGCUAAGUACAUCAGGUUUGUGUCUCACCGAAACCAAUGGGACAAAUUAGUCAUGACUCAUUUAACCCCUGUUAAGUUCCCCAAGUGUGACUGGCUGAAGACUUCAUCACACAAUACUGCUCAAGUGUAAUUGUGGCAGAAUAAAAGUGCUUGAUGACA